UAUUCCGGAUUUUAUGCAUGAAAAACGACAUUCGAUUACCAGUAGUCAACUAUUAGUGUGCACACUAUUCCCUCACUUAAAUUAAUUGAAGUAAAAAUUGUAGCUUGUUUAAUUUAAUAUUAAAAUAUUAUAAUAACCUAUUGAUAGUGAAAUAUUGUUUGCCCUUAAAAAUGAAACACCUUCGAUUUUUAUUAUUUUUAUUAUUUGUGUUCAAAUCAAUAACUGGACAGUUAAAUAACGGAGGUUGCAUCAACCCUUAUAAUGAAAAUGGUCAAUGCAUUAACAUUAAAAAAUGUUCUCUGCUAAAAGAUAUGUUAACAAAUAACAGAAGAAAUGCUUCUGUUAUUAAUUUUCUUCGGGAUUCUGUUUGUGGUUAUGAAAGAAGAGAUCCAAAAGUUUGCUGUCCAUUAAGGACUGUUGAAACAUAUACUGCGUCUUCGACGAAGCCAGACAUUUCUUCAAAUUAUGAAACUGUGUCGUCUUCAAAACUACCACCAAAAAAUUCAUGUGGUUAUAUUAACGCAACUCUCGGUACAAAAAUUGUUGGAGGUCAGCCUGCAGAGUUAGGUGCUUGGCCAUGGAUUGCUGCAAUAGGUUACAGUAGUCUUAAUAUACCAAAGAAACCACCGCAAUGGUUAUGUGGUGGUACUUUAAUCUCAGAUAAAUAUGUUGUUACAGCUGCUCAUUGUACGGUAGGAUUAGGAAGUAAAAAAAUUUCUAUAGUACGACUAGGAGAUUUGAUUUUGGACUCAGACAUUGAUGAUGGCGCUAAUCCAAUUGACAUCCCAGUUGAGAAAGUUAUGAUACAUGAAAAUUACAAUAGUCGAGAUGUCACUAAUGAUAUAGCAAUUCUGAAAUUAAAACACUCAGUUUCGUUUAAUCAUCUGAUUCAACCUGCUUGUUUACCAAUUAUGUCCGAUAUAAGAGCCAACAAAUUUGUAAAAUAUGUACCAAAAGUAGCUGGAUGGGGUGCAAAAUCUUUCCGAGGACCAACAAGUUCAGUCUUAUUAGAAGCACCAGUACCUGUUGUAGACAAUGCUGAAUGCAAACGUUCUUAUGUUAAUGAAAAAACAUUAAUUGACGAAAGGUCAUUAUGCGCUGGAUACAAAACUGGAGGAAUAGAUGCUUGUCAGGGAGAUUCUGGUGGACCAUUGAUCACAUCAGUUAAAGCACAACAUUACUUGAUUGGAGUUGUGUCUUACGGAGUCAAAUGUGCAGAACCAAAUUAUCCUGGAGUAUAUUCAAGAGUAACAUAUUUUGUUGAUUGGAUUGUUGAAAAGAUGAAUAAUAGUUAGGUUUAUAAUGAUAUUUAUAGUAUAUAUAAUUAAAAAGUAAAUUUUCAUAUUUUUUACCAUAAAA